AUGACAACCACCACUGUUUCCGCCGCCUCCGUCAUCGUUACCACCGUCUUCCUCCUCCUACAGCUGAACACUGCCACCGCUUCCACCACUUCCACCCCAAUUCUAGGCUUAGACUCCUUUCUGUCCCAGCAAUCCCGUCUCGAUCCACAGGCUACAAACGACUCCUUCCUGUAUCUCUCAUCCCCCCUGAAAAAAUCCCUCUCCUCCAACCUCCGACCUCCGCCCACCUCCUCCUCCCUCCUAUCCCUUAAAAUUUCCGUCCCCGUCUACGUCAAACUCGUCGGGCCCUCCUCAUCCUUCCCCUCCACAUCCCCUUCCCUCUUCUCCUCUUUCCUCACCGCCGCCAUCUCCUCCGAUCACUACCAUGUCAUCACCCCCUUUUCAUCCAACACCAAUCACCGUCUCUCCCUCACCCACUUGCUUGCCCUUGACGUCGACCUCUCAUCCCCUUCCCUGUCCUCCAAACUCUCCGAUAAAAUCAAAUCAGAAAUCGCAACGACCGCAUCACCCCUCAGAUCCAAUUUAAUUUCGAUUUCUUACACCACCAUCGAUUCGAUUAUUAAACAGGAUUUCGAAAAGGAAAAACCCACUAAAGGGGUUUACAUUUACUUGCUCAAUUUAGGGUCUCAAUCAAAGCCCUACGCAUAUAAGUACACUGAUACCGGAGAAUCAUCUCUCGGUGUUACCAAAUGUUCCGGUAGCAUCUGGACCGGAAAAGAUCGCUACUUGUGGAUCGAUUUAAGCGCAGGACCUGUCGAUUACGGGCCUGCGUUAUCUGGAGACGGAGUGUUACCAAGAGGCGAGUUUCACCCUUUAACAGCAUUACAUGGUCGACCAAAAUCCCAAAAAGCUUUACUUGCUGAUAUGGCUUCUUUGGUUUGGAGUGCCUAUAAGGUACUUCUCGUGCCUUCUUUGAGAAUUCCUGUGCCUUUCGAGAACACACUGAUUGUUCAGUUUAUACACAUCCAUGGCCCUGAUCACGAUCCAAAAGGUCUGGAUUUCAAUGUGAUCGAGAAGAACUUCAGGGAUGAGGUUAACGAUAAUGGAUUAUUAUUUGCCGAUCAGUCAUUAAGUUUCAAGAACUACGAAGUCGAUUUAGCUGAAUGUUCCAUCUGUUCCUUUGCCAUUUCACUCUGCAUUACUUCCUAUACUUCAAGGUACUUAUUCGAUAAUUACACUCUAAUUGUUAGCGAGUACUUAGAUUCUAAACGCCUCCACCAAACAUUAUCCGAAUCCCAAGAUGAAAUUAGAAGAUUAGCAAAACUCCCAGAAGAAGAUUUCGGUAGAGUUCUUCCUGUUUACAUCUUUGACCUCGAAGUGAAUUCAGUUUUGCUGCUAGAUCGCUACCACCAAUCUGUUGCAUUCAAGGACAUGGUGAUUGCAGUUAGAACAAAGAACACACAGACUGUUAGUGAUUAUAACUGUAAUGGGCGCCAUGUUUUCACACAAAUCCGUGAACUUGAAAGGCCUCUUGUGGGUUCAAUUUUGCAAUCAAUGUGGGGUGUAUCACCAACUCAUUUAGUUUGGAGUGCACAACAUAACAGCACACUGGUUGACUACACAUGGAGUGUUGGACACACACCAUUUGGUCCAUUUUCAGAGCUUUCUUCAUUGUCUUUCAUACAAAAAGAUGCAGCUAGAAGGAAUGUUCUAUUAACAUCUUUGAAUUACACCAUUACAAGUGCAAUUGAUGUUCUUGAAUCCAUAGCUGCACAUGGUGGGGAAAGAAAGCUUCUGCCACAUCAUCAGCUUCUAGAGUUUUUACAAAGAUGGAAUUUGUUCAAAUACAAGGUGGAUAAGGUGGUGUCUUCUUUGUCACAUUUGGACUAUGAAAUGGCGUUGUAUUAUUUGAGGUCUUCUGAUCAUGACCUUUAUGCAAUUCACUCUCUUGUGUAUCAUGCAUCUCAAGAUAUGGAGGCUGCGCUUGUCUGCUUUGAGGACCCACCGUUUCCAUGGGCGUCUUUUUUGAUGUCUGUAGGGAUUUUCUUUGUUCUCUUGUAUGCUUAUUUGCAGAGAGACAAACUUUUCAGUAACAAAAGGAAGCAGUUUUAA